UAGACAAUUUGUGACUGGUCCUAAAGAAAGUGAAGAAUCCCACUGUUGACGGUGUCCAGUCUGGCAAGUUAUCAAGUUGACAGGUUAGUUGAAUUAAUACGUCAUCGUGUUUCUCAGUUGGCCAGCUUUCCCAAUUACAGUUUCAUUCAACCAGAAUCAUCAACCCAAAAGCAACAGUCAUCCAGCCAAACAUCUCAACAAUGCCAUCGUCCGCCACCGUCACACUCUUCCAAACACUCGACGUCGAGUCUCUCGACUCUGGCAAUCAACUUCCGGGAGAUGCUGUAGCCAAAGUCAAGUCCCAGCCUGAUUUCCAGCAAGGUUUCCUUGGCCAAAAGCUCGAGGAUCCAAAGACCUGGGUGCUGGCAACUGAAUGGUCAUCCGCCUCUGCAGCAAAGCAGUGCAUCACCAGCAUCAAGGAUCAUGUCAGGGCUCAAGAGACAUUUAUUUAUCAGUUUGACACAGCUGUGUUGAAGGCGCCAUGCACUGAGGUGUUUACUGCUUUUGAGACGGAGGAGGGGUUUGAGGAGCAGGUUGGGCGGUUUGUCAGUGCUGUUGAGGGGGAUAAGCUGGAGGGGUAUAAGGGUGCGGAUUAUGGGGCGGAGGUGAAGGUUGAUAGGGAUGGGGCUGGGGAGAAGAGUGUGAGGAUGGUUAUUGGGUGGGUCAGUAAGGAGGCGCAUGUUGAGGCUAAGGGGAAGCCGGGAGCUAUUCAGGAGAAUAUUGGGGAGUUGAGAGCGAAGAGGAAGGGGGUGGAUUUGUUCCAUGUUAACUUUAAGGGGCUGUGAUGUGGUGGGAUUUGGUUCACGGAAUGAAUUUGAGUUGUCUUUGGCAUCUGGCAAAUAGCCUUGAAUUGCACUUUCACUAGCAUUUCCCUUAUGAGAAUAUGAAUCUACCACCACACAUCGCCUAUCUCCCAUGUGCCCGGGAGGC